AGCCUGACCGAGCGCCUCGCCUCUAACUUUCACGAAAUUGUAGGUUAAAAGUUCUAGACGCGUUUGCAUUCACUAUCUUGACUGUUAAGUUCGUGUUGGAAGCAGUCGCUAUCGCACUUUCAGUCUCCGACUCCGAUCCGCUCAGUAGUGAAGUUGAGUGGGGGGCAACAGAGCUUGUUGGCAAUAAUUUUUCAAAUUUGUAGAAGGAUUUUGGCUCGGUAGAUAGUGCUCGAAUUAAAUAAUAAAUAGCCUAGACAACGAUCACAAUGAACACUUCACUGUCCGCCAAGGACAUUAGAAAUGAGUUCAUUAAUUUCUUUGUCGAGAAGAAAAACCAUCAGUACUGGCAUUCGUCAUCUGUUAUACCCCUGGAUGACCCGACCAUCUUGUUUGCCAAUGCUGGCAUGAAUCAGUUCAAGCCCAUUUUCUUGGGGACUGUGGAUCCUUCGAGUGAUAUGGCGAAGGUGUUGCGAGCCGUCAAUUCCCAGAAGUGCAUCCGAGCCGGAGGCAAGCACAAUGAUCUGGACGAUGUGGGCAAGGAUGUGUACCAUCAUACGUUUUUCGAGAUGAUGGGAAACUGGUCCUUUGGAGACUAUUUCAAGAAAGAAGUUUGUGCUUGGGCAUGGGAACUUUUAACUCAAGUAUUUAAACUACCCUCUGAGCGCUUGUACGUGACUUACUUUGGUGGCAAUAAAGAAGCUGGCUUAGAGCCUGAUGAAGAAUGUCGGCAAAUCUGGAUCAAACUAGGAGUGCAAGAACACCACGUCCUGCCUGGGAGUAUGAAGGACAACUUCUGGGAGAUGGGAGACACAGGGCCCUGUGGUCCUUGCUCUGAGCUGCAUUUUGACAGGGUUGGAGGCCGAGAGGCUGCGCAUCUUGUCAACCAGGACGACCCUGAUGUCCUGGAGAUCUGGAACCUUGUGUUCAUCCAGUAUAACAGAGAGAAUGAUGGGAGCCUACGGUUGUUACCCAAAAAGCACAUCGACUGCGGCCUGGGACUGGAGCGACUUGUUUCUGUUAUACAGGACAAGCGGUCCAACUACGACACAGACAUCUUCCUUCCCCUGUUUGAUGCCAUACAGAAGGGGACUCAAGCACGACCAUACCAAGGGAAGGUCGGGGCAGAAGACAAGGAUGGAGUAGACAUGGCCUAUCGUGUACUGGCGGACCACGCUCGUACCUUGACUAUAGCACUAGCAGAUGGUGGACGUCCUGACAGUACGGGCAGGGGGUACGUGUUGAGGCGUAUUCUGCGGAGAGGAGUAAGAUAUGCCACGGAGAAACUCAAUGCAAAGCCAGGAUUUUUUGCUUCUCUGGUCGACACUGUGGUACAGUCUUUGGGGGACACAUUCCCUGAAAUCAAGAAAGACCCGCAGACAAUAAAGGACAUCAUCAAUGAAGAAGAAGAGCAGUUUUUGAAAACAUUGAAUCGAGGACGUAAUCUCUUGUACAACACAAUUGGCAAACUCUCAGGAACUACCGAAAUACCAGGUGACGUAGCCUGGAGACUGUAUGACACGUACGGGUUUCCUGUGGAUCUGACACACCUCAUGGCAGAGGAGAAAGGCCUGACGAUUGACAUGAAUGGUUACGAAGAAGCAAAGAAAAAGGCGCAGGUUAUCAGUCAAGGGAAAGUUGCUGGAGUCCAGGACACCUUGAGUCUGGAUGUCCAUGCAAUCACUGAACUACAGAAUAAGAAAAUACCACCGACAAACGAUUCCUUCAAGUACAACUACAAGGCGCGGUCCGACGCUAAGGAAACUGAGUAUGAUUUUGAGGGCUGCACAGCCAAGGUGAUCGCUCUGAGGUACAACAAGGCGUUCGUGGACAGCUGCAGUUCUGGUCAGGAGUGUGGGGUGUUGUUGGAUAGAACCAACUUCUACGCAGAGCAAGGUGGUCAGAUCUAUGAUGAAGGCUAUAUGGUCAAAGAAAAUGAUCAAUCUGUCGAGUUUACUGUGAAGAACGUGCAAGUUAAAGGCGGCUACGUACUGCAUACUGGCAGCCUGGAGGGGACAUUGCGUGUGGGGGACAGUGUGACGCUACACGUGGACACGGCUCGCAGGCGUUUGGUCAUGAACAACCACUCAGGUACUCAUGCGCUCAACCACAUCCUUCGUACGGUGUUGGGCCCUGAGUGUGACCAGCGAGGCUCCCUUGUCGCUCCUGACCGACUACGCUUUGACUUCACAAACAAGGGUGCAAUGACAGAACAACAGUUGAAACGGACGGAAUUAGAGACCCAACAGUUUAUUUCGCUUAACGAACCGAUCUUUGCAAAACAAGCUAAUCUCGCCUCUGCCAAGAAAAUCGUUGGUUUGCGAGCCAUGUUUGAUGAGACCUACCCGGACCCUGUGAGAGUCGUGUCUAUUGGAGUUCCUGUUGAGGAGUUAGAAGCCGACCCUGCUGGCCCUAAGGCUCUAAAAACUUCUGUUGAGUUCUGUGGAGGAACCCACCUCCAUCGAUCAGGACAUAUUGGAGACUUUGUGAUAGCAAAUGAAGAAGCCAUUGCUAAAGGGAUCCGAAGGAUAGUUGCACUUACGGGACCAGAAGCCACCAAGGCAUUAAACAGAACAAAAGUGCUAGAGAAACAUUUGUCAGAGUUGGAGAAUAGCUUGAAGAACUCAAACAGUUCCCACAAGGACCUGGUCAAGAAGAUAGUGGAGCUCACCAAUGACAUCUCUCAUACAACAAUAUCCGCUUAUAAAAAGGAUGAGAUGCGCAACACUCUCAAAGCACUCAAGAAGCGGUUGGAUGACAAGGAUAGGGAAGAUAAGCAAGCGAUGGCAGCCUCUGUGAUCAAGGAUGCAGUAGCUCUGGUGGCAAAGGCACCCAAUUGUCCUCUUCUGGUCGCUGAACUCAAUGCUGGUUCCAACACAAAGGCAUUAGACUCAGCUCUGAAGAAUGUCCGUGGCCAAUCCCCCAACACGGCAGCCAUGUUCUUCUCAGUAGAUUUGGACUGUGGCAAGAUCUUCUGUCUCAGCUCAGUUCCCAAGGCUGCUAUUGAUAAAGGACUGAAAGCUAACGAGUGGGUGGCAGCUGUCUCUGGGCUGAUGAAGGGCAAGGGAGGAGGAAAGGCUGAGAGUGCUCAAGCAUCCGGACCCAACAUUUCUGCAAGAGAAGAGAUCAUCUCUACCGCCCGAAAGUUUGCAGAGCAGAAACUGGGUGUGGCAGACUCAGUAGGUACUCAGAAAGUCGGGUCUGGAGCGAUCCUGCACUGCCCCUCUAACAGCCAAGUGAAGUUGAGGUGUAUGAUUGCUGCGGUUUAUGCCGGAAAGACUUUGAGUAUCGUGGACGACAAUGGAACUGUGUUUAGGGAAGGAGCAGUGGAACUGACCAACGCAACGGCCAUCGCAUACUACCUCGCCAGCCCGGCCAUGACAGGGGCUGAUAUCUCGGCGGAGGCACAAGUGGUGCAAUGGUUGAGUUACACAGACAACCACAUCCAGCCCGCAGUAGGCUCCUGGGUCCAUCCCAAUGCCCCAGUGCCUCCCGCCACUGCCAGGGCAGGUAUGAUAUCUGUGCUGAACUAUCUGAACACCAUCCUUCAAACCCGCACCUUCCUGGUCGGUGAGCGAGUCUCACUGGCAGAUAUUGUCGUGUUUGCCACCCUGCUACCGGCUUAUGUUCACGUGUUGGACCCGGACACCAGGAAACCAUUUAUCAAUGUCAACAGAUGGUUCAACACUAUUCUUCACCAGCCCCAGGUUCUCAAGGUUGUUGGCUCUGUCAAACUCUGUGAGAAACCACCUCAAGUGAAAAAGUCUGAGAAGAAAAAUGCUAAAACCAAGUAAAAAGUUGAAAUUGUUAUGGCAAUGCUGGAGAUGGUGUUGGUUAAAAGUUCUUGAAAUUUAUUGGAUAGGUUUUAAGACCUGUAAAUUGAGGUUUUGAACAUUCAUUUAUGGGAUUGCUUUAUUUUGGUGGCUUUAUGGAAAGAGUAUUGCAUUUGUAUUAAGCAUUUAUUUCCGUAUUAUUGGGGAAAGGUUGAGGAGAUGUCACAAGCAGUUACAAAACAUUUCUUUAAAGGUUUUAUUUACUACAUAGUCUUCAAUGUAUCUGAGAACAUGUUUUUGUAUAAAAUACUAAACUUUAUAAAGUAGAAACAACCUUUUUAUUUGCUGAAAUCCAAAUAUGACAAUGCCAAGAUUGUGGUAGUAUUGUGAAACUGCUGCAGAUGUCAAUGUGGCCGGGACAAUGGUGUGUAACAGAAAAUGCACUGUUGUUAAUAAGUCAAAUUGUGUUCACACCAGUGCUGAAAGUACACAAUUUUAUGUGGUUUGCGUACAUACCACCAGAGUUGCAACCAUCUGCCCCCCCCCCCUUACCUCUAAACCCACCCCAAAUUCACAAGCAUCGCAGCAUGUCUUGCAGAUGUUCAGGUUUUGCCGGCGGUAAUCGGAACUGCACGGCUCUGACUCCCCACAAUUGUGCUCAAAGUCUAUUGAACAGGCCUCUAGCCCAACCCUGAUACGCUCAUGGAAAAUUCUCAUGAAUUGAUUCGCUCACCAGUGGCCGAGCAGCAAUCAACAGUCUGAAUCUGUGUAAAACCCAAUAGUGAAAAUCACAAGAAUUACACACUAUCCAGGACUGUUGCCACUACGGAUUACAAAUUCUACCACAACAUUCACACCCAAAUUGUAAACACUAUUACAUAUUUAAUGCAUAUAAAUGUAUUAAAAAAAUGCACAGUACAUUUCCAGAUGAAUAUUUAUUUUAAAUUACUUCAUUUUUAUGCUGAAGUUAGUCUCAUAGGUAAAUUAAGACAAGUUAGUUAAAAAUAUUAUAAACUUAUAUUUAAGUACGUAAAACAUCACUAAGUGAAAAUAAAUAGAUUCAAUUCACAUUUUUAAUAUUGAACUUGCAGACUGUUUGGGUAGGCUACGUCAACUUUACAAGCCUUUCGAGCACCCAGGCUCAGAAUCAAGGCAGUAGUUGGUAGCAGCACAGAGAAACAAACCUUUGCCUGCGGUAGUAGGGAGCAGGGUUUGCAGCGGGUAGCUAUGGCAAGUGUGCUCGUGUAAACAUCGCUUGAUCAUACAACAGUUCCAAGCUGCACACUCUGUACUAGUUCCAUGAUACACCACUUGGCAUUGCUCACUGGUCGCUGAUGGCACGUGUGCUCGUGUAAACAUCGCUUGAUCAUACAACAGUUCCAAGCUGCACACUCUGUACUAGUUCCAUGAUACACCACUUGGCAUUGCUCACUGGUCGCUGAUGGCACGUGUGCUCGUGUAAACAUCGCUUGAUCAUACAACAGUUCCAAGCUGCACACUCUGUACUAGUUCCAUGAUACACCACUUGGCAUUGCUCACUGGUCGCUGAUGGCACGUGUGCUCGUGUAAACAUCGCUUGAUCAUACAACAGUUCCAAGCUGCACACUCUGUACUAGUUCCAUGAUACACCACUUGGCAUUGCUUACUGGUCGCUGAUGGCACGUGUUUCAGUCGUUCAGCCUCUGAAUGGUGUUACGUCGAGGGAUUCCAAACGGAAACAGCUUAUAGCAUUGAGUAGUUUAUAUUCUCAGAAUGUUUCAAAAUCAAGGAUUGAAUCUUCUACACCAUCAGUAUGAAGUGUUUAAAGAGAGCAUGAUAUAAUAAUUUACAAAAAUUACAAUAACCUUGGCCACAGUAUGAAUAUAAUUCACAAUAUCACUGAUUAUUUAAAAUGAUACAGUAAUGAAACUCAUAAACGUAGAAAAUAGUAUUUUAUGAACUAUUUUACGUGGUUGUUAAAUUUAGAUUGUUUAGAUUAAAAAUGGUUUGACAGGUUGUGUCUAUUUAAAUUAAAUUUGUUUGGUAUUAUAUUACUGGCAUUAAACUACUUUUUGUGACAAGAUGAAUAAAAUGUUUAUUAGAGUUUGAUUCAGAUAAAAGUAAUUUUAUAAUUUAUACACAACAAAGUUGAUUUUUGAACACUGUAUAGACUUCACUUAAGACUUACGUUCUUUAGUUGUGUAGUUAUUAUGUUAAUUUCAAAACAAUUUUUAACUUGUAAUAACUAUUAAAACCGAUAUAGAUACAUUUUUUAAACAAAAUUAUAAUAUAGAAACAGUUGCUACCAAAGCCCAAAAAAAGAGUGGAAAAAAUGAAAUCUAUGUAGUAUGGUAAAUUAUUAAAAAUGAGAAAUUGUUGAGCUUUGUUAGUAGAAUGAAUAUUAUUCAAAGAUACUAAAUUGGUUUUAAUACUCAUGCAAAAUGUAUAUUACAAAAAAAUGGGUUAUGUAAUUGAAUAGUAAUUAUUAUGUAUUCUAACAUUUACAUAGCUACAUAGUAGUACUUUUUCUAUAUUUUGUAUGUUUUGAUUUUAAAUUGGCACUAAAGGGCUAUCUAGUAAUAAAAUAGGGUUUAUUUAAUUCUGUGGUUAAAUGAUAUAAAUACUAACAUUUUUUGUUAUAAGGAUGGGAAUAAAAGUUAUGAGCAGAAAAGUGCCAUUACACUGAUAGAUUUAGUCCUUUUGUACGACGUAUUGAUGAUUAACUGUAUUUAUAUGUAAAUUUAAUAAAUUAUGAGUCGUUGAUUGUCGGAUUGUUUAUUAAACAUAAACAUUUGGUAUAAAAAA